AUGGUCCAUGGGAAAGAACAACGAGAGAAGACUCAAAACUUGGAUUAUGUGAUACGCUCUGGUAUUGCUGGAGGUGUUGCUGGUUGUGUGGCCAAGACUGCCGUUGCUCCAUUCGAUCGGGUCAAGAUUCUUUUCCAAGCAAAGAAUCCUGUAUUCGAAAAGUAUGCUGGGACAUUUACGGGUGCAUUCAAAGCUGGCCGUGAUAUCGUCAAGCAUACGGGUGUGCUGGGUCUCUUCCAAGGUCACUCUGUAACCCUGCUAAGGAUCUUUCCAUAUGCCACGAUCAGGUUUAUCGCAUUCGAACAGUUCCGUGCAAUCCUGAUGCCAACUAAAGCCCAAGAAACGGGACUACGACACUUUUUCGCUGGAUCCUUUGCAGGCAUGACCAGCGUCGUCUUUACGUAUCCACUCGAUCUUGUGCGUGUACGGAUGGCAUACGACAUACGAAAAGAAGAUCAUACACGACCCAGCCUCAUACAAACAUGCCGGCAGAUCUAUCGAGAACCUGCAGCUAUAGCACGUAUUCAUCUUUUCAACUUUUACCGUGGAUUCAUACCAACAAUGGCAGGGAUGAUACCUUAUGCAGGCAUAUCAUUUUUCACAUACCACUCGAUGACACAGUUGUUCAAAUACCACCCUGUGAUUUCUCGCUACACAAUGAAAAAGAGCAACAAUCGAUUAAAGACAUGGGCUGAGCUCGUUUGUGGAGGCGUAGCGGGACUCGUAGCACAAACAAGCAGCUAUCCACUCGAAGUGACUCGAAGGAGAAUGCAAGUUGGCGGGCUACUUCAUCCAACCAAAUUUGUCGGCUUUUUUGAAACCGUAAAGGCGAUCUAUGCUGCCAAAGGCUUCAAGGGAUUCUAUGUGGGAUUAAGCAUUGGAUAUAUCAAAGUUGCGCCCAUGAUGGCAAUUAGCUUUACAGUCUAUUCACGAAUGAAAACUUUAUUAAAGAUUGAUUAA